UUCAUCGUCUGCAUUCAUAUGUGGAGCAUUCAGAUCUCAACCUUAAAACAAUAUUCAACAAACUUUGAAAUCAGAAAUGGGCUGUUUCCCAACACUAACUCUCCUCUUCUUUGGAUUUAGUCUCUGCUCCUGCUCAAAGUUCCCUCCUCGUAAGUACUACUACGUUGACAAAAAAAUUAGCUGGAACGAUGCUCAACAAUACUGCAGAGAGAAGUACACAGACCUGGCCACCAUUGAAAGCAUGGAUGAUAUAAGCAGGCUAAAUUCAUCUUUUUCCUACGACUGGGCAUGGAUUGGACUGCAGGAUGACCCUGAAUCCUGGAAGAAUACGUUAGGCAAUGACACCAACUCCUGGAGAUGGGCAAUAACUGGUGAAACGAGCAAAAUUGAUUACCACAACUGGGACUCUACUCAACCAGAUUAUUAUCUUGCAAAAGAAACCUGUGUGAUAAUGGGUCUUGGAGGAAAGUGGUACGAUAAAAACUGUGGUGAAAACAAAACUUUUGCUUGCUACAAUGGUAAGAAAAUAUUUUCAUUCAUGGAUUUCACCUACUCACUGGUUCAUUUUCUAUCUGCUGCAGUUACAGAGCAAAACAAGAAAAACUACAUGUACAUCUCUACUACAAAAAAUUGGACCUCUGCUCGAGAACAUUGCAUAAAACUAAGCAUGAACUUGGCAGUGAUCGAAAACAGUGAGGAGAACGCUGAGGUCAGUUCAUUAAAACCAAACAGUGAUGACAUUUGGAUCGGUCUGUACCGAGUGCCAUGGACCUGGUCUGACAAGAGUCAGAGCUCCUUUAAAAACUGGCGAAGUUCCAGCCCAAAUAACCCUCCGGGUAACCAGCAUUGUGUGGUGGAGAAUAACCUCCACGUGUGGGAUGACGACAUAUGUACAAUAAAAUAUGCUUUCAUUUGCCAUCAAGUUGCAAAGUUGAGGACGACAGUGAAGCUGAAGUUUGUGACUGAUGUUGACUUAAGUGACUCUGCAACUAAUGCCCAGAUCCUCCAGCAGCUAAGAGCCAAGCUAACAAGUCAAGGAUUGACUGAUUUCAAACUGCAAUGGAACAUUCAACCCAAGAAACAAGAGAACAAGGAGAAUAGUGAAACUUAGAGAGAUUUGGGGUGCUUUGGAUCAUUGCUCAGCCUUAUAACUCAAGUGUGCUAAAGAUUCAGGGCAGAAAUUGAUGACCAGACAUUCUCCUGAAGGAUUUUCUAAUGUUUUAGAAAAAAAAUUUUUUUUUUUUUUUAUGUUAAACUAUGACAAGUCACCCAGUUACCAAAGCAGAAAAGCAGCCCCAAAGCAUUACACUACCACAACUACUUUUUUUUGAUGUGAUAUUCUUUUUAUGAAAUGCUGUGUGAUUGUUUUUUGCAUAGCACAGUAAAAAUCUCCAGAAAGUUUAACUUUCGUCUCAUUAGGCUAAAUGGUUUGAUAAACAGUUUAAUGAUUUUGAAACCUUAAAUACUAAAUUGACCUACGGUUUUGUUUUUAUCUGAUAUGGUUAAAUGUGAAAUGUCUGACUUGGUUUUGUUUGAUAAACAAUUUGGUGUUUCUGAAGAUAAAUAUUAAAUUGACUCUUAUUUUUUGUUUGUUAUCGUCAGUCAGUAGCUAAAAGAAUUAACUGGUAUUUGUUUUAUGUUUAUUUUUUUGAAUUUUUGAUCUUUCUACUGAUUUGCAAUUUGUUGUUAUCAGUUAACAGCUAUAGAGUUAACCGCUAAUUGGGUUUCUAUUCUGAUUCUCCCUUAAAUUGGAAACAGCUAUAAAGUUUGGCAUUUGUUUUCGUGUCUGUUUUUGAAUAUUGAUCAGUUUAAUUUGAUAUUGUUAUCAGUCUGUAAUCAGCUGAAAGCUAUAGAAUUUCCGGUAUAUGUUUCUGAUCCUUGCAGUUAAUCUUGAGAUUAAUUUUUAUUAUCAGUUGGUGACAAGUUAAUAGUCUUGGGGUUAGUUUUUGCUUUUACAUUUGAUCUUAUAUUUGAUUUUUGUCGGACUGAUAAAUGUUAACAGUUCUAAAUUAACUGCUAUUCUGUUUAUGCUGUAUAAUUUUCUUUGAUUGACUCUUAUCUGUGUAAUGUAUAGUUAAC